UUCUUGUCAUUUUCAAAUUUCCCGCAGUUCCAUCCCCAUACGUCCCGACGCUCACAGGGGAUGGAACCCAGAUGACAGAUGCCGGCAUCCGCCGGAGGACAUUGCCGGGGACACUGCAGGAGGGACAUCGUGGGAGCGAAGGACAAGGUAAGUGAUCGAGGGAUCGCGGAGUGUAGCUCGGGACUUUACCCCGAGCUACACUCGGGAAUACCGCCAGGGAGGCUACUGGAUAACUAAAUGACACAUUUUUUCAUUUUGGAUAGAGUACAGGAGGGUUAGAACCUCCUUCAGUUUUUUUGCAAUUUGUUUCCCAUUAAGGAGAUUU